AUGCAUUUAUUAACUGAACUCUUUCACUUGCAGCAGCUUGAACCGUCUGUGCGGAUAUCGGUGUCUCUCCCCUGGGAUGCAGCACAACGACUGCGUCAACUGGCCGUCGAGGGCAAUUCCACCCUGCGUGCGCUCGGGAUUCUUUCCGUGCAGCCUGAAGGCGAUUCUGUGAUAGCUUUAAAUGUUGGAGGACAAGAUAUUAAAAUAACAAAAGAUACUUUAAAAGAUGUCGCAAUCGGUGCAAUUGAGGCGGCUGGCACGUCUUCCAACAAAGCCGCCCUCAAUGUUGGCGUUGGCGUUGGCAAUUCGGCGUCGACGCCUCUGGCGGCGCCCACCUUCGACGGUCCCAGUACAAGCAAAGCAGCCUAUACACAACAUCAGCGUAUCACGCAACUGACGCAAAACGAUGCAAUCUCUAGCCAGCAGCAGUUACAUCAGCAGCGGCGAAAUGUGCUAACGCAGCAGAAACUAAUUCAACAGUCAUUGCCGCCGCAGACACCAUCCUCGCCGUACAGUAAUGCAAAUACGACGCCGCCUGUUUUCAAAUCCCCUAACACAGUGUGUCCCAUGGAAGGCAAAGUGCCGUUGCUGCCCUCACCUGCAGGCACGCUAAAUGUGCCAAGAGAUUUCCCGUUCGAAAGUAUGCGGCAGGCACGUGUCCUGCAGGGCAGGGAUACAGCAACCACAGCUAGCAUAAACGCGCUGGGCCCACCGCCGCCACCCCCUAUUGCGACUCUUAAUCUGUUAAAUAAUCAAACAACGCAGAACGGCGAGGUUCUUGCAACCACAAUUCUUGCGGGAACCUCCAAUAAAUCUCAGUUCGUAAAUCCGCCUCCACCAUAUCCCGGUCUAGGUCCAAGUUCGAGUUUGACUACACCUAACAAUAGCAAUUCGGCAGUUGUUGCACCAAGCGCGAAGCCGGCACAGACUUAUAUGACGACAUCUUCAUCUGCAGCACCAGCGCCUACAACUACGUUGUCAGGCAGCAAUAACAUAGCAAUAUCAUCCCCACUGUUGGUCAAUCUGCUGCAAAACGACGGCAAUGCGAUUUCAAGUCAAAUGAAGUCGCCCCAGUUGGCGGCGCCAACAACUCCACAGUCACCAAUAGUUAGCAUGAGUCCAAGCACACAAAUGAUGAACUCCAGCUCGCCAAUGCGGUGCUCCCCGGCCACUCCUAGCGAUUUUGUUAUGGGAACAACAGGUGCACCUCUCGACAUUGGAAACGUGCCUAGUCCGGUGGUGCCCUCCUCACCAACCGGGGUCGGGCCCGUAUUGAUGCGCAACCUGCCAAACCAACACCAACAACAUCAACAACAACAACAACAGCAGCAGCAGCAGCAGCUGCUCCUCAGUCCUAGUGGUAAUGCGAAUCUGUAUAAUCAGGGGCCCCCACCACAUCGAUUUCAGCAUGCGGUUGCAUUGCGUCACCAGCAGCAACAGGUACAUCAACAGCGCCAUCAUCAGAUGCAGGGUAUGCAUCCACGAUUUAUGCCACCCCAGCAGCAGCAACAGCAGCAGCAGUUUCUUGGGCAGCAACAGACUGAUUGCUUCAAUAAUCAAGGCCUGCAACAAUCGCAGCAGCAGCAGCAACAGCAGUUGAGGCAGCAGCAAAUCCGAGCCGGUCUACCGCCGCCGCCGCCACAGCAACAUCAGCGACUUAUGAGCAUGCCGUUGUCCUCGCCUCAGGCGCAGCAGUUUAUGUCUCAUGGCGGCGCUUCGCCCAUCGCCCAUUCACCUGCAUCCAGCCAUCACUCAAUGCACAGUCCGCUGAUGGCUAACCAUCAGCCUCCCUCGUCAAUGCUUUCGCCUUCGACGACGCCGAAAAGUCCACAUUCACAUCAGCUGACGCAGCUUCAACAAAAGCAAAAGGAGAUGCAGCCCAUUUCUAAUAUGCAACAUGCUCACCUUGUACCUGUAGCGGGCGCGGGCAAUGCGCAGCUGCCACCGCCUCCCGACUACAAUCAGGCGGCGGCGAAUUCGCGCUGGCCCGCGCUAAAUAAGCCGAUGGAUUCGGUUACUAAAAUCAGUUUUCAGGAGUUCACGCGCUACCAGAUGCAAUACAAUCUACAGCAACAACAAAUCAACAACGGUCCAGCACAGACUACAACGGCAUCUAAUACGGCAGAAAUGGUACCGCCAGGAACGAUAGCACUGACAGCGGCCGGACAACGGCAGCAUCAACAGCUACCGAUACCAAUCCAGCAAUUAGGGGCACAGGAAGCGCAGAAUGUUACGAACAUUACAGCCGUUGGUCAUGGCCUAAAUGAUCCAUUGAUUUCGUUGUCCGACCUCGACGCCUUAACGACUAACGACUUGGACGCUUUAUUGCCAACUUUAAACUGUGAUCUAGACUCAACGCUGAGCCUUGAGGAUAAGAACGAGCUCGAAUCAUUGCUUCAGGAUGCCAAGGAUCUAGACUUGGACUUGAUCGAGGAUAAUUUGACGGCGGUCGGCAUGGAUGUAGGCGAUGCCCUGAGCACGCUUCAGGAUACGCCCGGAUGCAUAGAACAACCCCAGCAACAACAGCAACAGCAGCAGCAACAACAACAAACUCAAAUGUUAGACAUGCAGCCCUUCAACCAACAGCAAUUAUUGCAGCAGCAGCAGCAGCAACAGAGACAGCAACAAUUAACUCACUUGCAACAACUGCAACAGCAACAACAACGUCAACAGUUGCAGCGCCAGAUUCACCUGCCCCAGCAGCAAGUGCCGCAUCGAACGCAUCAACAACAACAACUACUUUACAUGCAGCAGCAACAGGUUGAUAGUCCAAAUGCACAAGUUAUUGCGCAAAAGAAACUGGCACAGCAGCAGCAGCAGCAACAACAACAACAACAACAACAAGCUCCAGGAAAUGUCCAGCAAAAGCAGUUCAUCAUCAAUCCGCAUACUGGCGAUAUGGAGCCGAUGGCUAGUGAUGAUAGUGAUACGGAGGCGGAGCAAGAAACAACGCAACUUCAAUUUCGCAGCAUGUCGAAUAGUCUGAGCGGUUACACUAGCUUUAAUCCUGCCAACGACAUGUUGCUGCCGAAUAAUAUCUUCUCCGAGGAGGAUUCUAAUUCGGCUAUUUCUGGUUCACAGCUGCCAAUAGCUGGUAGCAGUGAUCAAGAGCGCUCUCGCGAUUCCCUUGCUUCCAACAAAUCUGCAUCGAAUCGUUCGAGAAAAAUGACGCAGCACAAGACGAACCAAUGCCAGCCCACGCAAACCCAACAGAUGCAAAUGCAAUCCACCGCUUCCGGCGACUCUUCUCAAUUAGGCCACAGUUCUGGGCAGAUGGACAGUGCAGGAAAUAGCACUCUUGCCACUUCUGGCAAUAGUAAGAAAACGAAACCAAAUCUUCUGCGCGAAAAGUUGCAACAGGGUGUGAAGGAACGCAAAGCUAAAGACGCAACAACAACGACUACUCCAAAGCCAAAAAGGGAACGUGCCAAGGGAAAUGCUAGGGCUAAAACAACAGCAGUGACGGUGUCGGCAGCAGCUAUUGCAGAGGAGAAAAUCAAGCUGCGACUUAAACUGGAAAAAGUGGAUAUAGCUGCAGCGUCUUAUGAGCAUCAGCAUGUCCAAGUCAAUGCCAUAAUGGACAGCAAUAAUCAUUUACAGCAGCACCAACUGCCGAUGCAGGCCAAAUUGCUGACUCUACCUGCAUCACAGCUCCAGCAGCAACAACAACAACAACAACAACAACUUCAACAACAGCAACAACAACAACAGCAGCAACAACAACAUCAACAACAGCAAAACCAUUCAGUGUAUAGUAGUUUCCAACAUCAGCAACAAACUGAUCCACAGCAAAGUGUUGCCGUUGGACUGAGUGAGCCACGUGUUCCGCCGCUUCAGAUUCGGCUUCGCGGCAAAAACUCAGUGGUUGUGAAGAAUACGCGCAAGGAGCGGAAAAAGCCAUUGGCCACUGACGACGAGCAAAGGGUUCGCCAAAUAAAGCGAACCCUCAGUGAUCAUGAGGCACAGCAACAGCAGACAUUAGUAAUGGACGGCGGGACGGAGAGCAAACAGUCAAAGCUGAUAGCUGCGCCACAUGUGAAUGGGCUGCCCAGCUCUGGCAUGCUGUUACAAAAGACGCCACAGCCACCGCCACCAUUGCCACCCCAAUCGGUUCACCCAGCGCAACAAUUGCCAACAGGUGCUAAGACCACAACAAUUGUGGCCGGCAAGAACGGGCUAACGAUUAGUGCCAUUGUGGAGGCACAUAAAUCGCAAACGCAAGCCAGCGAUGGGCAUCUAGCGACCGUGGGAUCAACGAACACUGGCACCACCACGACCAUUCAGCAGCAGCAGCAGCAAUUGAGCAAGAUAGCCACCUCGUUGCCCAGUAGCAUUACUCUUAGUGCUAUCACAAGCACCGCCACCACUAACAACAACAAUAAUAACAAUAACAAUAAUAAUAGUAACAAUAAUAAUAAUAAUAAUAAUAAUAAUAAUAGCAAUAGUAAUAGCAGUAGCAACAGUCGCGUGCUGAGCAAUAUUACCUUAAAGAAUCCCAUUAAGACUGCAGCCACCAUUACACCCAUUGUGGGUGGUAAGCCGAUGACAAAAAACCAUAAGCCGCCGCCAUACAUCACCGCUGUGCAACAGCUGCAGUUACAGAAGCAGCAACAGCAGCAGCAGCAACAACAACUGGCGGCGGCCGUUACCAUGCUGCCAAGUGCGACGACGCUGAAGCGUGUCGAGAUCACCAAACGGGCGCCGAGCAACACAACGGAUACAGCCACAAUAAAGGUCGUCACCACGGCCACGCCCACUACACCGACUGCGACUGCGACUGCAACAUUGUCAAUGAUUGGGGAGAGAAAGCUGCCAGUGGCCAUCUCGAUGAACUCCACGAUUAUUAACAAUAAUGUCAAUGAAAAUCCAAUUGGAAGUACAAAUGCACAUACAAUUACAACGUCAGGGCAUCCCAAACUAAACCAUGUGAGUCUACAAACAGUAGCGAGUACAACAACAAGCGUUACGUCGUCACCAACGCCGGCGUCUGUGCUGGCUAACACCUUGCGCAAUUCGCCCGCCAGCAACGGAAGCGGCACGCCCGGUCAUGGGAACAAUGGCGGCGGCGAAGACAGUGGUAUAGAGUCGAUGGAUGCGCUCUCUGAAAAAAGCCCGCACCAACAAUCCUCCAGCAGUCCCAUACAGAUGCAACAACAACAAUUGGUUACCAAGCAAGCAACAAUAUCCGCAAGUACAUCAACUACAAUAACACAAUCAGCAACAGUUGCUACAGCAGUUCCAACAACAAGCGACAAUAGUAAACUUCAACAGCUGCAGAAUGCCGACGAUGAGAUUGAAAAGGCACUUGCCAAGAUGGAGGGAGACAUUCCGGAUGACUCGGAGAACAUUGUAGCCAAUGUAUCAAAGGAGACGGUAGCUGCAACAAUGGGUGGUGGUUUCCAUUUGACUACAACAAUAGCGCCAAGCACCCCGAAACUGAAUGGGGAACAUGUUAUACUUGAACACGACGAUCUCAUUAAAAAGUUAACGGACAACAUCGAAACUGAGGAUAAAAAUAAACCGUUACCAGCACCUGUGCUAUUAUCAACUGUAAGGGAUCCAAAUACAGAAGCGCAGAUGAAAAUGGAAAAAGAUAUAUUGGAGGAUCAGCCGACGCUUUUGAACUGUAAAACGGAGGAAGCUGAAUUGCAGGACAACCGACAAGCAGAUGUGACGGCCAGUAAACAGGAACCAAAGCCUGGAAUACAUCGCGAACAAGACAUCCCGGACAAAAAAGAAAACGCGGUGGACGAGAAAAAAGAAAAGCUAACAGACGCACUUCAACCCAUAUCGAUUGAAAUACCCCCGCAAUUGGAUGCUGAAACGCCGCGCAUCAGAACACGCGCUACUAGUCGACUAGAGAGUCCAAUGGACGCUCCAAAGACAAGCCCAGAAGCACAACAACAGUCAGCUGUAGUCAUAACAACAGCUUCUGCGACAGCAGCAACCCCAACAUUGCCGAUUAGAAGCGUAGCCCGUGUUACGCCAGUACCGAGUCCUCGUCUGAGCACGACAACACCAGUUCACAAUAAUAAUAACAGCUGUGUUAAACGUCGUCGCCAGGAGUCUGAGUGCGGCAGCAGCAAUGAUGGAACCAUCGACGCCGGUCUUGUCGGCGAGACGAGCAGCAGCAGCAGCAAUAGCGCCAAGCGUGCACGUGUCAGCAGUGGCAGCAGCAGUGGCAACAACAACAGCAACAACAACAAUAAUAAUCCGGAUAUACAAGAUCAAACAGGGCUCAAUUAUAUGCUAUCGAAGAAGAUCGAAAUAGAGUCUUCCGACUCGGACGAGCCACUAAUCGAGGUGGCAGGCAAGGUGCGCAAUUCGAAGGCACAGUUUGAGGAAAGGCACGUAACUAGACGCAAUGCCCAGCAACAGCAGCAACAACAGCAGCAGCAACAGCAACAGCAGCAACAAAAAGCUCCCAGUUUGAGUGCCACCACAUCCGCUCAGACACCGAAGACAGCCAAAUCGCAGCCAAUUGCCACAAACAGCAACAAUAACAGUGCGACGUUGCUGACUGUCAGCAACGCGGCAACAGCUGGAACAUCAAACAACAACAAUAAUAACACAAAUGUGGUGCAUGCAACACGUGGCGCAACAGCAGCCGCUGCUACCAGUGGCAAUACCAGCAACAUUACCAAUAACAAUAAUGUGGUUAACGCCAAUUCGCCAACAGACGAGAAAGUUGGCACCAGAAGGAGCGUAAGGGCGAGCGCUGCUGCUAACAAGAUAAUUUACAGUCGCAGCAAUGCAGCCGCUGCUGCUGCGGCUGCAGCCGCCGAGCACAAAGGGACGACGGGUAAAAAUGCAGCUGGGGGUACCGGAGUAGUCAGUGGUGCGGCGGCCAAUCCCAAUACGAAUGCGAGUGUAGAGAGUGUGGCAGAAGCGCGCCGCAAAACACGCAGUGCAGUAAUUAGCGAGUCUAUGCUGACCGAGGGACGACGAAGAAGGACUUCGCGUGAUUACAAGUGACCAGAGUUUUGCGCCUUGGCUAAGGGAAUUAAUCAGGCAAACGAUGCUGACGAGGACGAAUUGGUUGAUCUGAUCGAACUGGAUAUUCCGGAUAGGUUUGAUUUCAGCACUAGUUUCCCUUUGGACCAGGCGCAAAACGUUGAUGGCGGUGUCGAUGAGGACGGCAGCGUAGAAAACGAUAUUAAAGAUGUCAAGGAGGAUCUCGUUAAUAUUUCUUCAGCGCUGACUGUCGAUGCGGUCAGCCUGCUAAUGCCAGAUUUGAACAAUGCCACAGCUUUGGAUUGCGGCAACUUUGUAGACUACGAUGAGUUCAACAUGUGUUUGAAUAAUCUACUUAGUGAGAAGGACGAUCAAAAUCUGGAAAUCCGUGAUGGAAACUCAAAUGAACAUGUGAAUGCUGGCAAACACCAGCACCAGCAGCAGCUCCAUCUCCAGCAGCAGCAGCAAUGGUGUGAUGUUAGCGAGGUUCUCAACAUGGUGCCGCUUAACAACAAUCUUGGAUUAAGUUUCCAGGAAUCCGUUCCGGACUUGAGCGUGACGGGCGAUGAUCGUUCUGUCGGCAGUAGCUCAUCGCAAACGGCAUAACGGCGUCGUUUUGAAUUGUUGAAAGAAUUGUUUACCAUGCUUCAAUUUACGGCUCUGAGCUCUGUAAAUAGCUUAAACUCACACAAGCAUACAAAAGCCAAUUCUUUUGUUUGUAAAAAGUUUUUGUAAAGGUUUUCCUUGAAUAUUUGUAUAGUUAGUUGUAAACACAAGGUUGCAAUAAUGUUGCAUCUCUGACGAGCAGCAUCACACACAUAAAUCCAUGUUUCACUUAUAUUUUUUAAUUUUGAAACAACCCUUUACUAAUUGAGCGCUACUUUUCAUCAAAUGUCCCAUGGUUAAUAGAUUUGCUAGUCAAGUGAAACAGACAAUUUAUGUGAAGAUCAAAAAAUGUAUUUUGAACAAAUUAGAUGAAAAUCAAAUAUGUGCAGAAAUGUAUAACAAAGUAGUUAACUCAAACACACCCUAACACGCAUGCGUAUUUUCAUUUUCUCAUCUAAGCUCUUGUAUAUACUUUAGACAUUAUUCUAAUAAAUGCAACAUAAACUCAUUUAAGAAUAUAAAUAAUUUACUACGGUUUAUCCUAAUGAUUCAAGCUUAAGAUUGCAAAACAAAUCAGACCAUACUUUUAUAUUUUUAUUAUUUUAUCAUAUUUUAAGUAUAUGCACACGAAAUAUAGAUAAUAGUCCUUAUAGUUUUUUAUGCAAACGUUUGCGUUGUUUCGAAAAAAAAAUUUGUUUUUUAGUUUUAAACGCUCAUAAUAUUAACGAAAAUUCUCUACCAAUAUAUGCACAUAAAAACCUCUGCAAUAAGUUAGUCAAGGCAAACCACGAAACAAAAAAAAAAUUGCGUGUAGACCAGAGAGAAAUAUAUAAAAAGUGUUUGUAGUUUUGCAAAGCGAAUGAACAUAUGUCUACACUUAUAUACAAAAAGAAGCCGUAUAUAAUGUUAUAUAUUUUGCAUAAACAAACAAGAAAAGUAAAAGUAAAAAAAAAAACAAAAACAAAAACAAAAACGAAAGCAAAAGUUGUAUUGUAUAUAAAGCAGGCUCUAUUUUUGCUAAAUGUUAUUUAAACAAUUAGGGGAAAAUGAAGAUGCAUAGCAGAAGCAAAACGCUAAACAAACACAUUAUAUUAAUAUUUCUUUAAACGCAUACAUAUAUAUUGUUCAAUAUUAUUAUCUUAUGUGUAUUGUAUGAUUGCUAAUUAAAUAAGUCUUUUGAUACUUAGUUCAUGGUUAAUGUAAAUGAAUGAAGAGAAAAAAAACUUACAUAAAACCACGAUCCUUUAGAAUAACAUUCAUAUAUAGUACCGAUAUAUGUACAUAUUAUAUCUCUGAAUACAUAUAUAAAACGAGUUCGUUAUGAUACACAAAAACCCCAUUCAAAACCAUGGAUGUCGACAAUUCUAAGCAUUUCACAGUUAUCCCCACACAAAAUUCACAAACAAUAAUAAAAAAUAAAAAAUAAAAAUAAAAAAAAUACAAAAAAUUCACUGCAAUUCAAAUCUGCAAAAUUGUUAAUGGCAAAGUUGUAUAAACAAAAUUAGUUCUUAUAUGCCCCAAUGCCAUUCAACACAAACUCGUGCAACAAAGACAUACACACACACACACACACGGUUAAAAAAUUAAAUAUUAAAAAGCAAAUGCAUGUAACAACACAAGAUGAAGAACAACAAAAAUAAAACGAAAGUGUCUUAAAACGUAGUAUUAGAAAUUUAUUAUAAAGAAUUUGUUUGUACUUUAACA